AUGAAAUAAUUAUUUUACCUAAAAAUAGUCAAAUCAUAGAAAAAAGAUCUCUAUUAAUCAAAUUUGAAUAAAAGGGGAACCUUAAAAAAUAGUUUGAAGGUGAAAAAGAUAAAAAUAAAUCUUAAAUUAUUUUAUAUGAAAAAAAGAAAAUAAAGGAAAAAAAAGAAAAAAUUUUAAUAUACUUAUAAAAUGAAAGAGAAGAAUUUUUAAACAAUAAAAUAUAUUAGUAUUAAUUAAAUAAGACACAAUUAGAAGGAAUACAUAUUAAUGAUUUAUAAAGAUGUAAGAGAAGCUGCUGGAAUAAAAACCUUGAUAAUUAAGGAUGAAUUAUAAUUAAAUUUAAAAGAUACUAAAUUUAUUAGUGCUCAUGCUCAAAGGGUUAAAUUAAAAACAUUAACUAAAUUAACUGUUAUAAAGAAUAAAAAAUUAAAAUAAUCAUUUAGACCAUAAGACUAGAUUGAUAAAAAAAAGGAUCCUAAAAUUCCUUAUGAGAAAACGAUAAGCUGGCGACUUCUUGUUUUAUAGAUCCAAUCUUAUAUAAAUAAUAUGUUUAAUAAUAAUAAUUAAUUUUGUUGA